AAUGCCCCCACCUUGUCCGAGGGCCGCCUCACCGUUCACGCCAACCCGUUCGCCGUUCGUUUCGUGACUGACGUUUACAGGCUCGAGCUUCUAACUGAUUAUGAAGACUGGCGCUCCGUCUGGGGCGAGGACAUCCAUGCGCUCUUCCAUGAUGACUACAUAUCACAUCAGUUUCUGGCGGCUGAUGUUUCUGCGUUGCGCAAGAUCUGGCAGAGCGGUAAGACUGAGCUGGACACUAUCGACUUCGGACCUUGCCUCUCCGCCUCACAGGAUGGGAUUGAGGACUUCUUGGGCCCCUCUGGCUGCGUGCACGUUUGCAGAUGCACUACAGAAGAUGGAGACGUUUGUGGCGCCCGCUUCUUCACCCAUGCUGCUCCCGUCGCGCACCAGACCCACACCCAGGGCGGCUUUCAUGGCAACUUCUCCUACUAUGCCAGAUGUGUCGUCACGAACCAGAUCACAUUUGCGAGCGGCACCUGCCUUUCUUACCUGAGCGACGGGCUGGCGAUGGCGAACCCCAAGCCCAAGUGGAUGCUGGAGAAGCGGCCGCCUGGCGCCGCAGAGGCAGAGGGCGCUCCCGUGCAGGCCAAGGCCAAGGGCGGCCCCCCGCAGAAGGACAAGGGCGGCAAGAGCUCCAACCCCACCCCAGGCUCCGCCUCCGACGCGGCCGCGGCCAACGGGCCCAACAGCAAGCAGCAGCGCAAUCGGCACCUCGGGCAGAUCAAGGACAUGGGCUUCACCAAGAAGCAGGCCAACUUCAUCAACGUGCUGGUGAAGCAGACGCUCAUGACGACCCAGAUGGUGCGCGAGCUAUGGGCAGCGGGAGUGGACAUGUACUUCCUGACCGCCGACCUACCAGAGAUCGAGGCCGCACAGGAGGCAGGGGCGACGUAUUCACACGAAGUCCGAGCCCGAGGCAAAGGCCACCAGCUCGGUCCUCCUCACCUACAUAUCUUCAAUGGGUUCGUGACCAAGUUGCUCGAGCGUGGGCUCGCGCUGGGGCAGAGGACUCACGCGAUGCUCAAAGAUUGGCACGGCAGAGUGUGGUGCGAGCUGCAGCCUCACGACCUGUACGACAUGGUGCGCCUGUUUCGGGUCACGAAGUGCUACGAUCAGAACAAGAGGAAGCUCCACCUGAUGAUGAGGGACGUCUCGCAGCCGAGCGUACCGCCCGAAUCAGACGAGCAGCCGCUGCCUUCGCCCUUGAUGGUCCGCGGCCUGUUGCAGAAGGCACUAGAGGAGAUCGGCGGGCGCAGGGCUCUGGGCGCGGCGCCACCAGGCGCAAUGGAGGAGAUACUGCAGAACGCGGUAGACGCAAAAGAUAGCAGGUGA